AAUUGAAAAUAAAAGAGAAAAGGAGGAUUUAGCUUCGUCUCUUCUCCGCUCAAUCUCCUCGCCUGGGCCGCCAUUGUUGUGCGGUGUGGUUGCAGAGAGUGGAGAAAGAUGAAGACCAUAUUGUCUUCUGAGACGAUGGACAUACCUGAAGGUGUGAAGAUCAAAGUGAAGGCGAAGAUCAUUGAGGUGGAGGGCCCAAGAGGCAAGCUCAGCCGCAACUUCAAGCAUCUGAACCUUGAUUUCCAGCUCAUCAAGGACGAGUCCGGCAAUCGCAAGCUCAAGAUCGACGCCUGGUUCGGCUCUCGCAAGACCACCGCCGCCAUCCGUACCGCCCUCAGCCACGUCGAGAACCUAAUCACCGGCGUUACCAAGGGGUAUCGCUACAAGAUGCGUUUUGUCUACGCUCAUUUCCCCAUCAACGCCUCCAUCACCAACUCCAACAAGAGCAUCGAGAUCCGUAACUUUCUCGGUGAGAAGAAGGUCAGAAAAGUGGAUAUGCUGGACGGGGUUUCUGUUGUUCGGUCUGAGAAGGUAAAAGAUGAACUGGUACUGGAUGGAAAUGAUAUUGAACUAGUGUCCCGAUCUGCUGCCCUCAUUAACCAGGUACCUCUCUCAUCUUUCUCUCUCCCUGUCUAUGUAUAUAGUGAAACGCCUGCUUUGCAUUCCAUGGCUCUGCUGAUACUCCCUUGUACAUAUUUGUUGGGACAGAAAUGCCACGUUAAGAAAAAAGACAUCCGGAAAUUCCUUGAUGGUAUCUACGUCAGCGAGAAGGGAACAAUGGCUGAGGAGGAGUGAUGUCUCAAGUAUUUGCAUCAUGAUUCUUAGGUUUUGGGAUUAUUUUCUUUAAUGAUGGGAACUUGGUAGUUCUUUUCUAUUUAUCCUCAUGGUUGAUUUUUUCUUUUUUAUAAACUUGUCUGAAAUUGGGUUUUACAAUUUUGUGUCAUUGAUGUUGUUCUUCAAAUAUCGACUGUACUGAAAUCCCCGUGACCAAUUUGAUAGUGCCGAUAGCGCCAUUUGGCUGCAAAAA